GGGAUUUACAACCAAUAGCGGGGACCUUAAAAAAAGUUGGGGAUUUCUAAUUGUAAUCAAUCGAUAUCGUCGCUUUAUUUUAUCUCAACUUUCCUACCUUAGGUACCUCCUACCUACCUACCUAUUUAAUUUCUUAUUUUAUCCGUCAACACCAGCCCUGUGUGAAGUCUCUCUCUCGUGGGCCGACAUAGUGAUUUGUUAUUGUUAUUGUUAUUGACAUUGUUGUCGACCAUGGCAUCUUCGUCGACCUCGUUGAACCGCCUGCGUGCGCCUGUCCAGCGUGCUAUUUCGAGGGCUUCUCGGAAUACUUCUCGUUCUUACGCCACAGUCCCAACGAAUACCCCGGACCAAGCUCUCCCCACCUCCAGCCAGCCAUCCCGACGUCCGACAUACUUCAAAAACACGACAGUAGCUUCGUUCGACGAGUUCCUCCCCGGUUCGUCUUCGUCCCCUCUACCCGCUAGCGAUGCGUACGAGCUGCGCACCGCCGAGGUCGGGCCCGCGUCGAACCGGCGCACUAUCACCCGGCUGCCCGAGUGGCUCAAGACGCCGAUCCCCGCGGGCAACGACAACUACAAGAAGAUCAAGUCGGACCUUCGCGGGCUGGGCCUGCACACGGUGUGCGAGGAGGCCCGGUGCCCGAACAUCUCGGAGUGCUGGGGCGGCAGCAACAAGAACGCGGCCACCGCCACCAUCAUGCUUAUGGGCGACACCUGCACGCGCGGCUGCCGCUUCUGCUCCGUCAAGACUAGCCGCGCCCCGCCGCCCCUCGACCCCCACGAACCCGAGAAUACGGCCGAGGCCCUCGCCCGCUGGGGCCUCGGCUACGUCGUCCUGACAACCGUCAACCGCGACGACCUGGCCGACGGCGGCGCGCACCACUUCGCGGAGACGAUCCGCAAGAUCAAGGCCAAGAAGCCGAGCCUGCUCGUCGAGGCCCUGACGAGCGACUUCUGGGGCAACCUGGACUCGGUCGCGGUCGUGGCCGAGAGCGGGCUCGACGUGUACGCGCACAACGUCGAGACCGUCGAGGGCCUGACGCCGUACGUGCGGGACCGCCGGGCGACCUUCAAGACGAGCCUGCAGGUGCUCGAGCACGUAAAGAAGGUGCGGGGCCGGGACGGCAUCAUCACGAAGACGAGCAUGAUGCUGGGGCUCGGCGAGCAGGAGCGCGAGAUCAUGGACGCGCUGGAGCAGCUGCGCAAGGCCGACGUGGACGUGGUGACGUUCGGCCAGUACAUGCGGCCGACGAAGCGCCACCUCAAGGUCGAGAAGUACGUGACGCCCGAGGAGUUCGAGAUGUGGCGGCAGCGCGCGCUCGACAUGGGCUUCCUGUACGUCGCCAGCGGCCCCUUGGUCAGGAGCAGUUACAAGGCCGGCGAGGCCUUUAUCGAGAACGUCCUGAGGAAGCGGGCCGGCGAGAAGGGCACCGCGGCGGGCGUGGAUGGUAAAUUAGGGACGGCGGUGGCUAUGGAAGAUACGAAGGCUGCGUGAAGGCACUCGCUCGCUUGCUUGCUUUAGGUACCUUAUAUUAAAUCGGGCUCACUAAACUAACUACUUCAACGUGUACAUAUAUCAUAUAUAAUGAAACUGCCCGCACCAACAGCGUACAGCAUAGGUGGCGCGGACUCGGCGUAUUAGAAGGGAUAAGCUCUUUUUUAUUUUUUAAGGACAGAAAAAGAUGGGGUGGGGAUUCGGCAUUGGGCAUUUCUUGUAGAUUCAACUAACAUAGUCGUAUGUAGCCUUAUUCAACUAGGACACAUGAGCGACUAAGCCAAUCGAUAACGAUAUUCGACACUCGUUCUUGUGUGAUGGAACCGUUCAAUUGUUUCUAUUGAUCGUCAAAUAACAACCCCCUUAGUUUCUUUAAUAACAUCAGAUUACUCAUGGUAUACAUGCCUUGUAUGUCAACUUAUCCGGCAACUUGCCUGCAACCAACAUAUGUACAUGAGUAAUAGCCUCGGGAGGGGAUAUGGUAGGUAUUCGCCAAGUGAGCGGGUUAGAAUUUGG